AUGGGAGACCACAGGCUGCCAGGGAAUCAGGCUCGGCGGACAGUAAAGCCAAAAUCCCAAGACAAGGCCGGAAAAUAUGUGCCGAAGAACUCGUCCAAGUGUUUUUUAAAACUCAGGAAAGAGCAAACGAAGAUGCCCACAUCUGUGGAGGCCCAGCAGCGGCAGAAUGUUAAGGAACGGCCAGAUGACUUCAGGAAAAGCGGGACACCAAUUGAACGGCUAACCCCACGCAGCAUGGAGAAUUCCCUUUUUCCAACGAUUUCUCGCCGAGCGCGCAGUUCCAUCAACAACAAGAGUCAGAGAAAGCUGACCAGUGAUUCAGGACUAUAUCACUCUCCUUUGCCAGUCCAGCAUAGAAGUUUCUUGGACGAUAUAGGUGCCCACCAGAAUAAUCAUCUGCUGUCUCCCUGGCCUCGAGGAGAAGAUACUUCUGCAGACAUAUUAAUCAAAAUGCUGGAGACACCGAAAUAUAACCGGACGCUGGAGUACAAGUGGCCCUUCUGGGAAGAUCACAGGGAAGCAACCAAGCAGCCCACCAACUCUUGCAAACCGUCUCAAGGGAAAUUUGAUCUGGACCCACAUAGGCUUUCCUGGUCAUGUAGAUGCAGUUGGCUCCACGACAGCAAACACAGGAGACAGGAUCUGCUUGACUCUUCUCAUUAUAAAUAUAUAUACAAAGGAGGGGAAGAUAAAUGGGCUGAAAGUUUUAGAGAUCCCAUGAAGCAAACUGACACGAGAUAUGAAAACCAACUAAGCUAUGAAGAGUCACCUGUGAAGAAAACUGAUCUGUGUACUUUUGAUCUCAAGUAUAAUAGGAAAAUGAGCAGAAUAAAGGACAUCACACUCUCUAAACAGGAAACCAGCUUUAUCAUAAAACUCCAAACCCACCAAAAUGCCUUUAAAGCCCACAAGGAGAUUAUGAAUGAACCAUCAUACUUGAAAAGCAACCAUCUGACAAUACUAGGAAAUGAAGACCCUGUAACUGAUCCAGAUGAUCUUGAGCUUCAAUGUGACAACAUCAGUGACCCAGGAAAAGUUGAACAAGCUUUUAAACCAACUGACUGGAAAUAUUAUAUAAGAAAGGAUGACCCUACAACCAGCACCCUUGAGCAGUUAUUUAUGAGAAAAAGAUGGGCUUGUGGGUGCUCUAGUCCUACAUCAAAAAUACAUUCAGAUGGUGAAGAUUACAAUAACAAUGAUGAAGAAGGGAAGAAAGUGAUGGAACAUCAGAAAAAAUAUAAGUAG